UACGGCUCACUAUGUAACAUUACUAAAAUAGCACAAAGGUUCAUUUCCCAUCCCCUUGACCCUGGGUGCUAUUGAUUUUGUUGUUGCACGUGAUGCCAAGACCAAAAACUCAAUAUAAUGUGUAAGCGCACAAAGUCAUUUCAUGGAUCGUUAUUAUGCAAGACAUCAAUAAAAAGUCUCGAAUUUACCUUUGGUGUGGUAAACGAUAAAAGAAUUUAUAUGCUAGUAACUGACUAUAGCGAUAAGCGUUAGUUAACAUAUAUACAUAUAUAACGAUAUUUGCCCCCUGCCACUACGAAGUCAUGUUGUUGUGCGCCUUUGCCCAGAUGCCGCCAAAAGCGGCAAAUAAAAUUCAAAAACUAAACACUAUUGAAUUGCGAAACUUUGCCCGAUGCGCUCUAAUGAUUAGUCAUAAUGACAGCAAAAUUGUGAGUGCAGCUUUAGCCCAGCAGCUACAUCGUUACCAACAACAACAACAACAGCCACUAAUGAAUCAACAACAACAACAAAGACAACGACGACCUGAUCUACAAUUUAAACAGGAACUACUUCGCCCUCGGGAUCAAAGUUCUACAAUUUCAGUCCGAGGAAUACACACGGAUUCAAUGUCAGUCACCAUGUUCUACUCCAUGUAUGCGUACUUGUCGCAUAUUCCGCGCCUGCAUGCGUUCGGAUUUGCCAUAUUUGCCUAUGUCGUGUAUUACCUCAUUCAGGUGGUAAAGCGCCCGAUAAUUGCCUGUGCCGAUGGGCCAUUCAAGCAGUACCUGAUAAGGAAGAUGCCCACACUGGAGAACAAGUAUUGGCCCACUUUCUGGUGUGUAGAAAGUCGUGCUCAGACUGUUCUUGCGAGCCUGCUGCGCUCCAAGAGUCUUCCGCGCGUCAACUACCGUAGGGAAAUUCUUACCCUGAAGGAUGGCGGGGAGGUGGCUCUGGACUGGAUGGAAGAGGGCUGUGAUGAACGUGCUCCCUGUGUGCUGAUAUUGCCCGGACUGACUGGCGAAUCGCAGGCGGAGUACAUCAAAUGUUUGGUCCUUGCUGCCCAGCAGGCUGGCAUGCGUGUUGUUGUGUUCAACAAUCGUGGACUUGGUGGCAUCGAACUGAAGACGCCACGACUCUACUGCGCUGCCAACUGUGAGGAUCUGUGUGAGGUUGUGAAACAUGUGCGCCGCUCGCUGCCCGCACACUGUAAACUGGGCGCCACUGGAAUAUCCAUGGGUGGCCUCAUUCUCGGUAACUAUUUGGCGCGCAAGAGUGACGAGGCACGCAUCAAUCUGUCGGCUGCCAAGAUUAUAUCGGUGCCUUGGGAUGUGCACAAGGGCAGCGACAGCAUUGAGAAGCCGGUCAUCAAUAACUUGCUAGGACGUCAUCUUGCCGGCAGCCUGUGCCGCACCUUACGCAACCAUUUGGACAUCUACAGAGAUGUGUAUCAGUAUUCUGACAUUGAUAUACAGCGUAUACUGCGUUGCAAGACGAUCAAAGAGUUCGAUGAGCUGUUCACAGCGAAGCAAUUUGGAUAUGCCCAUGUCAACGACUACUACACGGAUGCUACGCUGCACAAUAAGCUGGAUCAAAUUUCAGUACCUUUGCUAUGUUUAAGUGCAGCCGAUGAUCCCUUUCAGCCACUGGAUGCCAUACCUAUUAAGGCAGCCAAUCAGUGUACACAUGUGGCCAUUAUAAUCACUGCCCGAGGCGGACAUAUCGGUUUCCUUGAGGGCUGGUGGCCCUCAACCAAGGAUCAGUACAUGUGCCGGCUGUUCACGGAGUACUUUACCAAGGCGCUAAUUGACGAAGACGGUGAAUUUGAGAGAGCCUCAAAUAAAAUGCACGAGCGCUUUCUGGCCAAGCAAACAGUUGAGCUGGGUUCAGGUGUCAAUGUUCCUUCAGCGGUGCUAUUGCUAGAUAAACCAGUCGACCAGCUGGAACAUCAUAAGGUGAAGCUGAUGUAGAUGCUUUACACAGCAACUAACAAUUAUUAACUAGGCAUAUAUAUAACUAGAAAAUGUCUGCGUAUGUAUUCCGAAUCCCAGUGCAAGUAGUUAACUGGUGACUUGUGAUAUGAAUUGAAUUGAAUUGAACUAAAUCCAAAGGGUUAUAUUGAAGAUUUAAAUAAUUAGAUUUUUGACAUUUCGAAAGCCGUUAGAAACUAAACCAAAUUAUCGCUAGAUCAAAUCUUAGUCACAUAUCAAAUUUGAACAGUGAACCAAAAGCUUUAUAAUUAUGUAAUAAUAUUUAAUAUUUUAGUAGAUAAAUCGCAUAAUCGAAACGAAAACUAUGACACAGAACAAUAAUCUUACUCAAAUUAUAUUUUUUUAAAUUCAAUA